AUGGUCACCACCGCACCACCCUCGGGAGCAAAACCUGUGAACCCCCUGGCUCCACCCUGGCCGCAAAACCUUCUCCCUAGACAACCUAUGUUGCCUCCCACUCAGAUACACGACAACCUUGACCUCCAUCGCACCAUUCGUAGCCCUCACCACGACCCACUGCUCCUUCACCCUAGUCUCACCUUCACCGGAACCACCAUGCACACCACCAUCUUCACAUCUCAACCUUAA